GCAAUUUGUAAUACUAACUUUAACGCAUGGCAUGAUAUGAUACAGAUUUUAGAGAGAGAAAGUAAACACAGACACUCUUAGAGAGAGAAAGAGAGUGAAAGAGAGAGAGAGAGAGUACGCCAUUAAUGCAAAGCUCAACCACCUUGUUGGCAAAUUAUGGACUAGAAAUAGUAGUAGCUGAGCCUCACAGAACUAUCUUACCAAAAAUGCCAGGCUCGCAUUGAAGCCCUACCUUUUUCUCUCUGCAUUAUCUCUUGGCAGAGAAUUUUGAAGCUUUUGCGGGGAUAUAGUGGUGGCUUUUUUCCGAGAUGUGGAACUCGGCGGAGAACGUUUUCGCGCGAUCGUCAUCGUUCAGAGAGAAUGGGGAAGACGAGGAGGCGCUCCGAUGGGCGGCGCUGGAGAGGCUUCCGACAUACAAGCGUGUCCGGCGUGGAAUUUUUAAGGACGUCGUUGGAGAUACCAAGGAGGUCGACGUCAGCGAGCUUGAGUCUCCGGAGCAGAAGCUUCUUUUGGAACGGUUGGUCAAUGCCGUUGAAGAUGAUCCUGGCCGUUUUUUUGAUCGAAUGAGAAGAAGAUUUGAUGCAGUAGAUUUAGAGUUUCCCAAGGUUGAGGUUCGAUAUCAGAAUUUGAAGGUCGAAUCAUUUGUCCACGUGGGAAGCAGAGCGCUUCCAACCAUUCCCAACUUCGUAUCAAAUAUGGCGGAGAGUUUGUUAAGACAACUCCGGAUAUACAGAGGACAAAGGAGCAAAUUGACCAUCUUAGACAACAUAAAUGGGAUCAUAAGACCUUCAAGAUUGACCCUGCUUUUGGGUCCUCCAAGUUCUGGAAAGACGUCGCUUAUGCUUGCUCUUGCUGGGCGUCUUGGACCAGGUUUGCAGAUGUCAGGAAGCAUUACAUAUAACGGGCAUGAUUUUCAUGAGUUUGUUCCUCAAAGGACAUCUGCGUAUGUAAGCCAACAGGAUUGGCAUGUAGCGGAGAUGACAGUCAGGGAAACUCUUGAGUUAGCAGGGCGUUGUCAAGGUGUUGGAUUUAAAUAUGAUAUGUUAUUGGAACUUGCAAGAAGGGAAAAGGUUGCAGGAAUAAAACCUGAUGAAGAUCUUGAUUUAUUCAUGAAGUCGUUAGCUCUUGGGGGCCAGGAGACAGGUCUUGUGGUGGAGUAUAUCAUGAAGAUUUUAGGGUUGGACAUAUGUGCUGACACAUUAGUAGGAGAUGAAAUGCUUAAGGGAAUCUCAGGUGGCCAAAAGAAGCGACUUACUACAGGUGAAUUGCUUGUAGGUCCAGCGAGAGUCCUUUUCAUGGAUGAAAUAUCAAACGGGCUUGAUAGUUCAACUACUUAUCAAAUCAUCAAAUAUCUUAGGCAUUCCACCCGCGCACUUGAUGGGACAACUGUUAUUUCUCUUCUUCAACCUGCUCCUGAAACCUUCGAGUUGUUUGAUGAUGUCAUUCUCUUGUGUGAAGGCCAGAUUGUAUAUCAGGGUCCUCGUGAAGCUGCUCUUGAUUUCUUCGCAUCUAUGGGAUUUAGCUGUCCUGAUAGAAAGAAUGUAGCAGAUUUUCUGCAAGAAGUGAUAUCAAAGAAGGACCAAGAACAGUACUGGUCGAAUUUCGACCUCCCUUACCGUUAUAUACCAGUGAAAAAAUUCGCUGAUGCUUUUCGUUCAUUUCACACUGGCAAAAAUCUUGCUUCAGAACUAGCCCUUCCUUUUGAUAGACGCUAUAACCACCCAGCAGCCUUGUCAACCUCUCGUUAUGGUAUGCCAAGACUUGAGCUUCUUAAGACAAGUUAUAACUGGCAGAAGCUGUUGAUGAAGCGUAAUUCAUUUAUAUAUGUCUUCAAAUUUAUUCAGCUACUUUUCGUUGCUCUGAUAACGAUGAGUGUCUUCUUUCGAACGACAUUGCACCACGAUACAAUCGAUGAUGGGGGCUUAUAUCUUGGGGCACUAUACUUUUCAAUGGUUAUUAUUCUUUUCAAUGGCUUUACAGAGGUAUCAAUGUUGGUGGCCAAGCUUCCAGUUCUUUACAAGCAUAGGGACUUGCGGUUCUACCCAAGCUGGGUCUACACACUCCCUUCUUGGAUUCUGAGUAUCCCAACGUCACUUAUGGAGUCUGGGUUUUGGGUUGCCGUCACAUAUUAUGUGAUUGGAUAUGAUCCAGCAGUCACUAGAUUUCUUAAGCAGUUUUUGUUGUAUUUCUCUCUGCACCAAAUGUCGAUAGCUCUCUUUCGUCUUAUGGGAUCCUUGGGCCGAAAUAUGAUAGUUGCUAACACAUUUGGAUCUUUUGCAAUGCUAGUUGUGAUGGCACUUGGAGGGUACAUCAUCUCAAGAGAUCGUGUUCCAAGUUGGUGGAUAUGGGGUUUCUGGUUUUCUCCUUUGAUGUAUGCACAAAAUGCAGCUUCUGUGAAUGAAUUCCUUGGACAUUCCUGGGAUAAGGUAGUUGGAAAUGCUACCAGCUCUUCUACAUUAGGAGAGGCAUUGCUAAAAGCUCGCAGUUUGUUUUCUGAGAGCUACUGGUAUUGGAUUGGUGUUGGUGCUUUGCUUGGCUAUACACUCCUCUUCAAUUUGAUGUUCACAUUCUUCCUUUCUUACCUUAACCCUUUGGGAAGGCAACAGGCUGUAGUCUCUAAGCAAGAGUUACGAGAAAGAGAGAAAAGAAGAAAAGGAGAACCUGUUGUUAUUGAGCUUAGACACUACUUGGAGCACUCGGGGUCUUUGAAUGGUAAACAUUUUAAGCAAAGAGGCAUGGUUCUACCAUUUCAACCACUUUCCAUGGCUUUCAGUAAUAUCAAUUAUUAUGUCGAUGUCCCUUUGGAACUGAAGCAACAAGGAGUUGUAGAAGACAGAUUGCAACUGUUGGUUAAUGUUACUGGGGCAUUUAGGCCAGGGAUUCUUACUGCCUUAGUUGGGGUGAGUGGCGCUGGAAAAACCACACUCAUGGAUGUCCUAGCUGGUAGAAAAACUGGCGGGAUUGUAGAAGGGGACAUAUAUAUAUCUGGUUAUCCCAAAAGGCAAGAAACAUUUGCAAGAGUAUCAGGUUACUGUGAGCAGAGUGACAUUCAUUCUCCUUGCUUGACCAUUAUGGAAUCACUAUUAUUCUCUGCUUGGCUUCGGCUGCCAUCGGAUGUUGACUUGGAGACACAGAAGGCUUUUGUGGAUGAAGUGAUGGAACUUGUGGAACUCUCUUCGCUGAGUGGGGCAUUGGUUGGUCUACCUGGGGUAGAUGGCUUGUCAACUGAACAAAGAAAAAGGCUAACAAUAGCAGUAGAGCUAGUUACCAACCCUUCAAUCGUAUUUAUGGAUGAGCCCACAUCAGGGUUAGAUGCAAGAUCAGCAGCCAUUGUGAUGAGAACAGUGAGGAAUAUUGUUAACACUGGUCGCACAAUAGUUUGCACAAUCCAUCAGCCUAGCAUAGACAUAUUUGAAUCUUUUGAUGAGCUUUUGUUUAUGAAGCGCGGAGGAGAGCUCAUAUAUGCUGGUCCUCUUGGUCCAAGGUCAUGUGAGCUCAUCAAGUAUUUUGAGGCAAUUGAAGGGGUGACACCGAUUAGGCCUGGAUAUAAUCCUGCUACAUGGAUGCUUGAUGUUACUUCUUCAGCUGAAGAAAGCCGUUUGGAAGUAGACUUUGCAGAAAUUUACCGACGAUCAAGUUUAUUUCAACGUAACAGAGAUUUGGUUGAAAACCUAAGCAGGCCUAGUUCUAAUGCAAAAGAACUAAACUUCCCAACCAAGUAUUCGCAAUCAAGUUUUGAACAAUUUGUCACUUGUCUUUGGAAGCAAAACUUGUCGUAUUGGAGAAACCCCCAAUAUACUGCUGUUCGUUUCUUUUACACUGUCAUCAUCUCAUUGAUGUUUGGGACAAUAUGCUGGAAAUUUGGUGCUAGAAGGGAGACCCAGCAGGAUAUAUUUAAUGCCAUGGGAUCCAUGUAUGCAGCUAUCCUAUUUGUUGGAAUUACUAAUGCCACUGCAGUUCAACCUGUUGUUUCUGUUGAAAGAUUCGUCUCUUACAGAGAAAGGGCUGCAGGGAUGUACUCGGCUUUACCAUUUGCAAUGGCUCAGGUUGCAAUUGAGUUCCCCUACGUAUUUGCACAAUCAAUGAUCUAUAGCACAGUUUUCUACUCCAUGGCUCAGUUUGACUGGACUUUCUUGAAAUUUAUCUGGUACAUAUUCUUCAUGUAUUUUACGAUGCUGUACUUUACAUUUUAUGGAAUGAUGACUACUGCUAUCACGCCAAACCACAAUGUUGCUGCCAUCAUUGCUGCUCCAUUUUAUAUGCUGUGGAAUCUUUUCAGCGGCUUUAUGAUUCCUCACAAGAGAAUUCCCGUAUGGUGGAGAUGGUACUACUGGGCGAACCCUGUAGCCUGGAGUCUUUAUGGGCUGCUCGCUUCGCAAUAUGGAGAUGAUAAUGGGCUUGUUAAACUAUCAGAUGGAGUUCACGAGGUAGCUAUAAAAACAUUACUCAAAGAAGUGUUUGGUUUCAGACACGAUUACUUGGGCGUGGCAGGUAUUAUGGUGGUUGGUUUCUGUGCGUUCUUUGCAUUGAUUUUUGCCUUUGCAAUAAAAGCUUUCAACUUCCAGAGGAGAUGACAAAUGGGAACCAGUUCAAUUGCAUAUAUACCAACAUAAAAAUACUAUAUAUAGUUUAUAUUUAUUGUGUGUUUUCAGAAUUAAUUUUUCCAUUUCAAGGAAAUAUAAGCUUUAAGUGGAUUUCUGUAUAGUAACAACAUUAUAUAUAGAAGGAUUCUAUUCUUUUUUCAUAGAGAACAGCAGAUGAUGGCUAAUGGUCAUAAUAAGCUGGAAAAUUUACGUGUAAAACUAAUAAUGCUUAUGGUUUAUGAGUACAUGUUUAAGGAAUUGUUUACUUAA